AUGUCUUCUUCGAGCUCCUCAUCCGACGGUGUUCUUGACGAUAUGGUUAUCGCCAUGACGCAGGAGACGAUUAGUUAUUUGCGAGAAGAAGCCGAAUCCUUUGCAUCGCGUACCAGACAACCGCCUCUUGAACGGAAUCGGUUAGCUGCUCAUGAACGUCUAGUAAUUUUUAUUAACCACGAUGGUCCUACCCUAAUAUUACAAGCGGUCGCUUCUCAAGAUUUAUGGAUUUGGCAUGCGUACUUUGGCAUGGCUGGUACGAACAAUGACAUUGCAGUUUUAAUGUCCUCGAAUCUAUUCGACGAUGUCAUAGACAGUGUUGCACCAGAUGCUUCAUUCUACGCAAACGACGUGCAAUAUAAGUAUGGCUACUAUCUCACAUACGGUAUUUAUCCCGAGUGGGCGACGUUGGUAAAAACUCUUUCGUGUCCAGAUGACGAAAAAAGAUUGUAUUUCAAGAAAAAACAAGAGUCAGCAAGAAAAGAUAUCGAGUGGGCUUUCGGUGUGUUAAAGAAAAGAUGGUCUAUCAUCGCCCAGCCGUCGAGGAUACUUGAAAAAAGUAAAAUGAGAAACGUCAUGUAUACGUGUAUCAUUUUGCAUAACAUGAUAUUGGAGGACUCGGGUAGAGCGUUUUGUGGAGAAAGCUAUGACGAAAGUAACCAAUCGACGAACCCAAUACUAACAUACGCUGAGAAAGAAGAUAUCCGGGCGAAGAUACGGGCUAGGCACACACACCAUAACCUUCGAGCCGAUCUGACAGAGCACCUAUGGUUUUAUCGUGAAUAA